AUGAAGAAGAUCAAUCUAAUACUGAGAAAGUGCAAGAGUUUGUCAAGGCAACUAGGAAGAUCUUCAUCGUAUAGCAGCCUGAGGUCUAAAUCAACUAAGGAAGACAUUUGGGGUGGACAUGGCAUGCAAGAAGAUGAACAUUGUGAAACUAUAUUUGUUGGAAGCACAAGGAAACGGUAUGUGAUCAGCUCCAAGUAUCUGAACCAUCCUCUUCUUAAUGCUCUAAUCAACAAGUCAAAGCAAAAGGGUUGCGAUGAAAAUGUGGUGGUCGUCAACUGUGAGGUGGUUCUCUUUGAUCAUCUAUUGUGGAUGCUAGAAAAUGCAGAUCCAAAGUUUAGUUCUGACUCUUUGGAGGAAUUGGCUGAACUCUAUGUGUUUUAA